AUGGAGCUGUCUGAGGAGGUUCACCGCAUGCGGUAUGACGCUUAUGAGAUACGACCACAUCGUCAGCUGGACAGAGGAGUGAGACUGCACAUCAACGAGAGGACCAGACCCCCUGGCUGUCAGGAUGGAACUAGGUACUCUGUCGAGGAGACAAACCAAUUUCAUGGGCAGGCCCAAGAAAAUGAACGCACGGGUACAUUUUCUCUCCCAAGGCAAAUAACAGUAAGGAGGUUAGUAUACUUACGGCGCAAACAGCGUCCGAACAAUCUGAUCCUGUUACUCCACAAAAGCAGUGGUAUACAGUAAAAACCCGCGAGUAAGAAAGUGAAAAUUAAGAACCUGUUACCCUAAAAUUUGUCAUUUAUACCUCCUAUAAACAAGAACCUGUUUAGCCUAGAAAAUGAAAAACAGGUUCAUAUUUUUUUAAAUCAUAUUAGUGAAAUGCAGCUGCAAAGCUGUGCAAGAAUCCUGUUUGGAGAAUUAGGAGCUUGGCAUUGCUGUGCAAAUAAAAGUGCCAAUUUAUUAACGUAAUAAAAAAAUAAAAGUGUAAGAGGUUAAUUUUGUUGUAUUGUUUUUUGAAAUACUGUACUUCAAUAAAACACAGCAAUAGAACCGCAAAUAGCCUAAAAUUGUGUUAACUACCAUUUAAGUUAGAACCUGUUUAGGUUAACUCCAGAAAAUGUAGGUUCUUACUCGCGGGUUUUUACUGUAUGGCAAGGAGCUCUCCUACAAACUAGGUAGCAUGUAAUCUAAUAAACUGAACUACAGAGAGGGGAGGGUUGGUCCUUUUAUCGACAGUCACGUCAUGAUUAACGGGCCCGGAAAGUUGUUGUUGAUUACAUUUAAGAAAGAGACUGGUUUCCUUUGUUAGCCAGGAACCACGCUCUUGUUCUUUAGAUUUUCAUUUGAGUAUAUGAGUUUUAACCUCGUCCCAGGGCUUUCACCUCCUCAAAGGGAAAAGCCCCUGGGAGGACUGGGGACGAGGUUGUUUGUACCGUUGUAGUUAACAUGUCCUCUGACGUAAUGUGAUAUGCAAGCCAAUCAGGUCAUGCAAUCUUUCCAGGUAGUACCCUGGGUACCAGAGGUUUUUCUCGCGUGCGUGACUUGACAGAAACCGAAAACCGCGCUAGAAAAGUCUCUGGCACCCAGGGUAUCGUGGUAGUCGCGGCAUAAGACUGGAAAAGAAUCUCCGCUGGAGUUUGGUAUUCGAGCAAAAUUUGCAAUUCUAGCGGGUCGGGGACGGUAGUAGAAUUUGUCUUGCAAGGUUAAGUAAACAUGGCGGCCGAAAGGAUGCGAAGGAGACUGUAUAAUUUCACGUUUUUACAUGUUAUAAAAAUAUGAAGGGCGCACUGAGCAGUUUUUCUCCGGCUCACACUUACGUAUCGAUCAGCUUAAUUUUGUCAGAGAGGACAAGGCAAAUCGCUUUGUUUAAAAUCUUUUUACCAUCUACGUCCCUAUACAGAUCAUAAUCAACUCAGUCUGCAUCCUAUGAAUGUUGUGAACUCGAAUUAAACGCGAACGCUUACAAAAAUUUGCCUAUGACUUAUCGUUUCCGUUUCUGAUUAUAUGCAAAUCUAGCGUUCAUAGACCGAUCUUUUAAGCAUAAAACGCGUAAGGUCGCUGUUUGUGAGUUGUAUUCUUGAUUAGCGCAGGAAAAAGUUAGUGUUUUAAUAUGACCGUUGACGGCUGACUGUGAAACGGUUGUAAUUUUUCUUACAAAAGAGGAAACCUAAAAUUUUCGGAUUCGAAAAUGUGAUGGAGAGAGGAAUCAGAAAAAUUCUCACUUUCCUAAUACGUUAAAUUGCAUCUAAAAUUUUAGGGAGAUGGUCUGCAUUUAAUUUAAUUAUUGACUUUAUCCUGCAGUUCUAUAUAUUCGUAUAUUCAUUGUUUGUUAAUCACCGUUUUUGACAGAUUAAAAAGACGUUCAGGGUAACCAAUCACAUGCAACAGUUCUCAGAGAAUAAUUCGGGCAUAAUGUUAAGGCUGUUUUUAUUUCCAUAGGUUAAGUCCCCCAGAGCCGGUGUCGUCUUUAGGUCAGAACUGUGGUGGAAAGUAUACUUGGAAGAUAGACCGUUUCUCUCAUCACCUCCAGGAUGCUAGAAAUGGAAGAAUAACAUCACUCGAGAGCCCUCCGAUUUACACAAGCCAACAAGAAUACAAGUUCUCCAUGCAUUUCUUCCCGAAAGGUGUUAAUGGUGGAGACGGACGUCACUUUGGCCUUUUUGUUGGCAUGAUGCAGGGAGAAUACGAUACUAUUCUGGAAUGGCCCUUCUGUGGACGAAUCGUUCUCACCAUCAAGGAUCAAACUGGUGAUGUUAAUGGCUUCCGCAACGAUAUCAGUGGCACUUUCAUGGCGAAAAGAAAUGUGGGAGCUUUUCAGAGACCCACUGCCGCCGGGCCAUACAGCACCCUGUAUGGCUACGCAGAGUUUGCACCGACAGACCUGGUUUGCUCCCCACAGUACUUAAAAGAUGAUACUGUGAUGAUUCAGAUCGAGAUUCAUAAAAACAUCUAA